AUGUCAUCCACUACCCGAUUUCAAGGAUCUAGCAUCCAAAACUAUUUACUUCUCUGGUUGGAUGAUCGAUUCCAUCAAAAUUCGAAGGACGUACUCGCACAACUGCGCAAUGUUGUUAAUGAAAUCAAUGUGUUUACGCAGUCGGAUGAAUGUGUUGACUUUCUUACGGAUAUCGACGAUCGAAUAGUGUUCCUUAUAGUGUCGGAAAUGUUGAGCAAACAAUUAGUACCUCUUAUUCAUGAUGUUCCUCAUCUGUAUCGUAUUUAUAUCUUUGAUGAAAUUGAAACAUCAUGCAACGAAUGGGCGAAAGUUGUCGGAUCCUUUACUGAAAUCAAGCUCCUAUGCGACUCGCUUCGAGCAUCGGCACGUCAAUGUGAUUAUGCCAUGAUACCCAUAAGCUUCAUUGCAAAGCAGUCUCAGAAAACGACACCAUUAUUAGGUGAGCACAAUCUCGAUCAAUUGGAACCAACCUACAUGUACUCAAUGAUAUUCAAAGAAAUUCUAUUAGAAUUCAACGAUGACAAUGUUACAGACUCUUUGAAAGAUCUUAUCAACUAUUGUCAGCAACAGGGUGUUUCUGAAUCUCAGUUGAAUCGUUUUCAACAUGAGUAUCAUAACCAAUCGUCGAUUUGGUGGUAUACUAGUGGUACUUUUAUCUACGGUAUGCUCAAUUGUGCUCUGCGAACAUUCAAUACGGAAGCAAUGAUCAAAAUGGGUUUUCUUAUACGAAAACUUCAUCAACAACUGGAAACGCUUCAUAAAGAACAGUCGAAUACACUUGAUAAUCGACUGACGGUUUAUCGUGGCCAAGGACUUAGUCAACAAGAUUUUCAACAUCUGCUUGAUAUUAAGGGUGGUCUUCUCGCAUUUAACAGUUUCUUAUCCACUAGUAGAGAUCACGAUGUUGCUUGGGCUUUUGCUGAAAGUAUAUUGGACCAAGAUAAUGGAAUAGUGAGCGUGAUUUUUAUUAUGACAGUUAAUUCGGAGUCGACUACUCCAUUUGCAUCGAUCGACGCAUACAGUGCUAUGAGAACAGAAGAAGAAAUUCUCUUCUCAAUGCAUAGUGUCUUUCGCGUGGUCGAAAUAAAACCCUCAAUGAGAAACAAUCUUGUGUGGGAAGUACAAGCGACAUUGACCGAUGACAACGAUCCACAACUUGCCGGACUCAUGGAUCGAAUGCAAAAGGAAAUCGACGGCAAAGGAUGGCAUCGCAUGGGUAAACUGAUGAUUAGAGUAGGCCAUUUCACUCAAGCUGAAAUGCUUUUCACCGAAUUACUCAAGAAGACCACGACUGAGAAUGGCAAAACAUCUUGCUACUACCAACUCGGAGAGAUACGAAUUCACCAAGGACAGUACAGAGAAGCUAUCUCAUUCUAUGAGAAAACUUUAAAGAUCCUGCUGAACGCUUUGAAAAAAGACGAUCGUGCAUUGGCUAACGUUUACAAUAAUAUCGGACUGGCCUAUAGAAGAAUGUCUAACCACACGAAUGCACUCGAAUUCUAUCAAAAAGCAAUCAGCUUAAAAAGAAAAUUCCUGUCGGCGAGUGACCCUGAUUUGGCUGUGUCAUACAAUAACAUCAGUUCUGUAUAUGACGAUAUUGGUCAGUAUUCAAAAGCGCUCAAAUUUUCUGAAGAGGCCCGUCGAAUCUGGGAAAUGACUCUGCCGUCAAACCACCCCAUGUUGGCUUCAUGUUACCACAACAUUGGUCAAAUAGCUAGCAAAACAGGUAUCUACACGAAGGCACUUGAAUUUUAUGAUAAGGCGCUAAAAAUUUGGAAAUUAUCUCUUCCGCCGAAUCAUCCUGAAUUUGCUCUCUCUUACAAUAAUAUUGCUGCGAUUCAUAGUAAGGUCGGUAAUUAUUUAAAAGCAAUCGAAUUUUAUACAAAAUCGAUCCAAAUUAAAGAAAAAGCCAUUCCACUAAAUUAUCGUUCAUUAUCCACUUCAUACAGUAACAUCGGCACAGUGUAUAUCAGCAUGUUUGACUUUUUGAAAGCACUCGAAUUUUGCGCAAAAGCUUGUGGUAUUCUGGAAGAUAAUCUUCCUUUGAAUGAUCCUGCGUUUGCGUCAUGUUACAACAAUCUUGCUCAGGUACAUGCCGCAAUGAUGAAUCAUCCAAAAGCAUUCGAAUUUUGUCAGAAAGCAUAUCAGGUUUUGCAAAUAACUGCCUUACCAGACUAUUCACUAUUGGCUACAGUAUGCAACAACAUUGGGCAAUUGCAUAGCAUUGCAGGUGAUCACCUGAAAGCACUUGAAUCCUUUGGAAAGGCACAGAAAAUAUAUGAACAAUACCUCCCUCCUAGUCAUCCCUCAUUAGCCACUUUGUACAAUAACAUUGGCCAACUAUAUUGCAACAUGGGUGAAUAUUUCAAGGCACUGGCGUUCAUGGAAAAGUCGAACGAUAUUUUCAAAAAUUGCCUUCCUUUCGAACAUCUUGAUUUAGCUGCCAGUUACUGGAACAUGGGCGAAGUGUGCAAAAUGAUGACUCAGUAUUCCAAAGCACUUCAAUGUCUAGAGAGAGCGCUUCAAAUUUUCGAAAAAGUUCUUCCGUCAAAUCAUACAUAUCUCGAACUAUUGAAACGUUCGAUUAACAAUGUGAAAGAAAUCACCCGAUUGGAACGACACCACAUGCAAUAG